AUAAAUACAACUAUUUUUGGACACACCUAGUUAGGCAUUAGUAAUAAACAAUAAUAAUACUAUUAUUUACGUUUAUUAUUUAUUUUUGGGUGGUUUGGAAAACACGUUACAUAACUUUAUUUUCAGACUCGUUACAUAAUGGUAAACAAAUAAUCUGUUAGUUUCUGAACUUGAGACUAUUUAAGUAGCAACUUUUUGUAGUGAACAUGACAAUCGGUUUUAGAAUUUCCAAGCUUGUAGCGCCCAUAGUCGGGAACGUUAUUUGUUUAUCUCGAGCCCAAUUUAGUGCUGUAAAAAUGAGUAAUCCCGAUUAUAAAGCUGCGACAUCGAUCCAUGAAUUCACCGUGAAAAAUAUAAAGGGUGAAGAUGUGAAAUUGGAUGUUUACAAAGGUCAUGUCUGCAUCAUUGUGAAUGUGGCCUCACAGUGCGGGCUGACUGCGAAUAAUUACAAGCAGUUGAAUGAAUUAUACGAGAAAUAUGCUGAGGACAAAGGUCUGCGCAUCCUUGCCUUCCCCUGCAAUCAGUUUGCUGGCCAGGAGCCUGGUAAUCCCGAGGAUAUUGUUUGCUUUGCUUCUGAAAGGAAAGUGAAGUUUGACCUGUUUGAAAAAAUUGAUGUCAAUGGAGAUAAUGCCAGUCCCUUGUGGAAGUUCUUGAAGCACAAGCAAGGAGGUACAUUGGGCAAUUUCGUCAAAUGGAACUUCACCAAAUUUAUUGUGGACAAGGAUGGGGUACCAGUUGAGCGUCAUGGACCCAAUGUGGACCCAUUGGACUUGGUCAAAUCCCUGGAGAAGUACUGGUGAUCAGCAUCAUGGAAAAAUGGCUCUGCAUUUUUUUUUUACGUCAUAGUAAGCUUUAGUCAAGUUGUAGAUGGUUUUCAACAGUUUCUUCUUUCUCAUCACAGCAUUUAACUUUUACUGUUCUUUACUCUAAAUGUUUAUUAUACAAUUUUUCACGUUUCUUAUAGGUGGCUAUUCGUCGUAGCCAUU